AUGCCAUUUCGUAUUUGUAAUUCUCUUACUACAACCUAUUCAUCCUUAGAAUAUCAAAAAAUUCAUGAAUAUGAAUAUAAAAAAUUUUUAAAAACUCUUCAAAUGAAUAAAACUAAUCCAAUGAAUAUGUUAAAAGAAAAGUUGUCGAAGAAAAACCAUCAAUUAUAUUAUAAUAAUAAUUAUUUAUUCGAACGUCAAAGUAAUUUACAAUAUCGACAAGAUAAACGAAAAAUUCUCUAUGAACAUAUUCAAAAAGAAAAUUUAAAAUUUAGUCAAAAAUUAAUUAAUGCAAAAGCUUUUCUUAAUCGUUAUGAACAAAAAUUAUUUUUUGAUAAACAUUGUAAACUUAAACAACAAUUACAACGUUAUCCAGAUUCAAUACAAAUUAAAACAAAAAAAUCAAAUUUUCAAUUUUCACCUAAUGAAAAUUUCAAAAUUAAUAAUAAAUCUGCAAAUUCAUCAGUUUUAGUCUAUAAUAAUAAUAAUAAUAAUCGAUUAUCUUGUAAAUCAAUUAAAUUACAAGAAAAAUAUUCAAAAAUGAAUAAUCAUAUAUUUAUUUCAAAAGAUUCAUCAUCUCAUAUAAAUAAAUCUCAAAUAAAUCAGAAAAAACUUACUUAUUUUACAAAACAUAAUUCAAAAUUUCCAAAAACACUUCCACCUAUUAUAUUAACUAUUGAAAAUACAGAGUAA